AUGCCGUACAACACCCGUCGCAAAUCACUAUCCCUCCCUUCACUAGGCAUCCACCUCCCCAACUCGUCGCGCCGCUCUCCCUCCAUCUCAAAACCCACACAUGCGACCGAUGAAGUCCCGCCUGCCAAGAAAGUGAAGCGAUCGCACACCUCAUUAUCACCCGAGCCUGCCUCGGAGCGCCGGGAAUCCGUCGUGCGCCCCGGCCGGCAUGCUGCGUUCGAGCAUACACCGCCCCCUUCGCCUAUGGACGGUGGUAUCGCUCCGAAAAUUGAUACCGAAGGCAUUAAUGAUGAUAUUGUCGUCGCGGUGAUCGACCAGCUGGAGAAGACGGGGAAUCGCCCUCACCUCGUGAAAGAGUUGGCUGCGGUGCUAGUCACUCUAAAUUCGACUGUCGCAAAUUCCGCUAAUCCUGCCGCGCUCCUCUCGUCGCGACUGGCGGCCUAUAUGAAGCGCUCAUGGACGGCUCUUGCGCCGUGCCCCAUGGCGAAAGAGCUCAUCUUGAUUCACCCGCGCAAAGUUUAUUAUUAUCUGACGACCUUUCCUCGUCAGCCGAUACCCGAUCCCUCCGACGAUCUCAUCGCGGGUGUCGACGGCAAGCAUAUUACUCCCAGUGUCUCAAGUCUGGAUCAAGACGACGAAGAUUUGAAGGCGCGCCUGCGUAGCCCCAGUCCCGAAGUGGACUUGUCAUCGCCGGGCUUCGAGGAGGAAGAAGAUAUUGAUCUCGAUAGUCCCUCGGGCAGGGGGACUCCUUCCGACCACUUUUCAGACCCCUCUGGUCAUGCUCGUCUCAUGCACUCGCACCGCGCGGCUUCUCCGCCCCUGGAGGGUGACGAGAAGGAGUUUACCCAGACCGCCAGUGCAGUGCGCGAGCGCGCCUCGGAGGAAAAGGCCAACCAAUCGGCCCGGAGCCUCUCCGUCCUCUCCGAAGGACUCAGCUCCAUGGACGAGGAGAUGAGCAUCGUCGAAUCCCCCGUGAACGGUGGCUCGCGCUCACCGGCUAGUAACCGCAUGUCCGAACAGGAGUUCAGUGAUUAUUUCUCCCACAUGAACUCGGCCGACCAAGCAGGCACGGACUUGGACGAGGCCGCCGCCGCCGCACUGUUUGGCACAUCGCCCUCGCCCUCGCUGACCUCUGUUGCAUCGUCACUCUCGUCUGGCACGAGCGCCGAUAUUGAUGCCGGUGUGGAUGGCGAUGCCGAGGCGCGGGCGGGCACGCUCCUCGUUGCUCCGCAGAUCAGUCUCCCGGAUACCGCACCUGUCUCAACCCUCAAGCGAUCGCUUGAUAUGUUGAACAGCGGUCUUCCGGAUGUGGACCUGAAGAUGUCCGAUCUAACCGAGUCGCAUGAAAAACUCAGUCUGCGUCCCCGGUCCCUGGCCGCCAUGGAUGUCAUGGAGCCCGUCUUCGACACCUGGAGAGAGCUGCAGAAUCCGGAGACGGUGGAAGUGGAUGAGCUGGAUGAGAUGUUUGGCGAAAUCUAA